AUCAAGUGUCAAAAUUCAACUGUCACUCAGUUCCAAAAAAACCUUUUAAUGCUUUUUGCAAGGAUUCUUCUCACAAAAUCAUUAUUUCAGCCGUGUAAAUUCGACAGAUAUUUGUCUUUUACAAAAUUUGUUGCACAACGGAGUUUGCUAUCAACUUGCCCAGCCAUGUCUAAAACUGCUCUCGUGAUCUUGGCUCAGGGUGCUGAGGAGAUGGAGACUGUGAUCACAGUGGAUAUGCUUAGAAGGGGUGGAGUAAACGUAACUCUAGCGGGAUUGGACGGUGACUCGCCCGUGUUGUGUUCAAGACAAGUGACUCUUGUACCGAACAAGUCCCUUGCUGAUGCCUUGGCUGAGAACCCACAGUAUGAUGCUGUGAUUCUUCCUGGUGGACUGGAAGGCUCAGACCGUCUGUCCAAGUCCAGUGCAGUGGGUACCCUGCUGAAAGAACACGAGAAGGCUGGCAAGAUCGUUGCUGCCAUUUGUGCUGCGCCAACGGCAUUCGUGGCCCACGGAGUGGCCCAAGGGAAGCGUGUGACGUCAUACCCCAGUACCAAGGACAAGAUUACUGGUAACUACAAAUAUGUAGAAGGGGAGAGGGUCGUGGUAGACGGGAAUAUUGUCACCAGCAGGGGGCCAGGCACUGCCUAUUGGUUCGGUCUUUCCCUCAUUGAGCUUUUGGUGGGCAAAGAAGAGGCAGCCAAAGUUGAGAAAGGAAUGAUCAUCUCAGGCUACUAGUAUAUGCGAUUCAUACAUAUAUAACUAUGUCAUAUAGUUUAAGAAAAACGUGAAAUAUAUUUUUUAGUGUUUAAAAAAAAUUUUAGGCAAAAGUCGCUCUACAUCAGGCGCGUGGCCGUCAAGCGUACCUAAGCCUAUUUAAUGUAAAAAAAAAAAUAGGUACUAAACGUAAAAAAAAUAAAAUUU